AUGGCGAGCGUUGGUCACAACUCAAGAGGGUAUCAUAAUAUAGAAGAACAAAGAGUACAUCAUGAUUUACAAUCAUCGCCAUAUCAUGUUUCAAAUCAUACCUCAAAAAUUGGGAGUAAAAAUUUCACAACUGCCUUGCCGUUAAAUGAGCUCAUAUCACCAUACUAUGAGACUUUACCAGAAGAAACUAUAUUGACAUAUUUAUCCUAUUCUCUAUUGGGGUUGGAUUCUAAAUUGUUGUCAUUUCUGCGAGACGGGAAUUCGAUUGAAUUACCUGCUAAUAUUAAUAGCAGCUAUUCUGGACUACUCCAUAAUAUAAUAGAGGCUGGAUUAAUCUAUAAAAAACUCAAAUCAUUCGUGAAUUCUAACAAAGGAAAAUUAGACUCGCCUAUAAAAACAGCAUUUUUAAGAUCAUUAGAAUCUGAAUUAAAUGUCUAUGUGAAUCAUAUUAAUGAAUAUUUUAAUACUGAGCCAACUUCAUUAAUAGCUGUGUACAAUGCAUUAUUUCCUUUUAUAUUGAAAUUGAGACUUUUAUAUUCCUUAACCAAUGAAUUGAAUUUAAGCGGCUAUGAAUUUUUAUCGAAAGUAUACCAUUUGUCAAAGUUUGGUGAUAUAAGAAUAAAGGACUUAACACACAAUAUUUUUAUGCGAAUUGCAGCUCCUUACUACGAGAUUCUUGAACAUUGGAUUGUAAAAGGGGAAUUAAUAGAUAAUAGCGAUGAGUUUUUCAUAGCAUUCAAUACUGAAGCACAACAUAUUAAUGAUAUUAUUGAAUAUUUGCCGCAAAGGAUACCUGACUUUUUUGUAUCAAUGAAUAAAACUAUGGCCUACAAAAUAUAUCAAAUAGGGAAAAUGUUAAUUUUUCUUCUUAAAUAUUGUAAAGAAUUGAAAUGGAUUAGUGACUAUAGUAUGAAAUAUUCAACUUAUAUCUUUCAAAAUAAUCAAGGUAUACAGUCAAUGCAAUCUAAUGUUAUAAUAGAUUUAAUUAAUUUUCAGUAUGAAGAAGUUCUAAACUACUUCACUAUAGUUUUGCAAGAGAAAAAUAACAUGUUUCAUCAUUUAAAGAAUUUUAAAAAGUUUUUAUUGAUGAAUUCAAAUGAUUUUAUUGAAUCUAUAAUAGAAAGAGGAAUAGUUUUAUUCAAUGAACCAGCAAAUGGUUUAACGUCAAACCAGUUAGCAAAAGUAUUAAUCGAGUCAAUUAAUAACUCUUCGGUGAAGAGCUAUAGAUCAGAUUAUAAGAAUAGAUUAGACGCUAGAAUUUUGGAUCUAAGUCAUGGGAACAUAGGAUGGGAAGUGUUUACAUUAGAAUAUAAAAUAUCUGACUUGCCGAUUUAUCAUAUUUUAAAUUAUAAUAAUGGCACAUUAGAGUAUCUAAAAAUGUUUAAUUUUCUUUGGAAAUUACGACACUUUAGUUAUUUGUUGAACUUAAAUUUUAUUGAAUGUUGUAACGUUAAGAAAAACGAUUUAAGGAGGAUUCUGAGUAGGUAUAUUAAGUUGAAAAAACAACUAAAGUCCAAUUCAAGCUUACGGUUAGGAAUUAGAGAUAAUAAAAUUAUUUGGUUAAUGAAAUCUUUCAACACAAUUUGCCUUAUAAGACACCAGCUCAUAAAAUUCAUAUCAACGUUGGUGAAAUACUUGUCAUUUGAUAUUAUUGAAAAUAAUUUCGAUCAAUUAAUUGUCAGAAAGCUUUUUAAAUCAAGCUCUCCUGUUUCGCAUUCAACAUUGUCUAAUGGCAUGGGUGUAUUACCUAUAUUAAAUGAAAGUUUCACCAGUGCCUUGAAGAAAGAUGAAAAUCAUUUUUCUAGACCUCCAAAAUCGAAGACAAUAACGCAUAAUAUGAAUGAAUUAACAUUUGAUGAAUUGAUUAAUAUGCAUACAGUUUACUUGCAAAAGGUUACGCAUUUCAAGAUUCUAAGCGAUACUGAAAUAGGAAAACAUUCUGGGACGAGUUACAUCAAACAAAUAUACCAAUUCUUAGAGAUUUGCUUCGCCUUUAUAAAAAGUUCAGAAGAAUAUAAUAGUCUCAUUGUAAACUACAUUUCCAUUUUGAAUGUUGAAGAAAACUUGCGUUCCGAGGAUAUGAACCAGUUUGACGACGAUCUCGAAGAAUUAGAAAACAAGCUUAAAGUUAUUGUUAAUAAAAUCUACAAGGACUUGUAUAUGACCAACUACAAAAGUAUGUUAUACAUGUUUAUAAAAGAUCUAAGGUCGGAUAUAGAACUCAAAGAUCUAAGUCGCUUUUUUUAG